AUAACCUCACUUUAUAAAUAAAAAACAAACAACGCUGCAGUGCAGCCGUAAAAGAGUUCCCGGAAAUGCCCCCUAAAAAGGAUGGAAAUAAGGGAAAACAGGGUGGUAAAGGUGGCGGAAGUGGUGGUGAUGCAGAAAAAGGUGCAAAGGAGAAGAAAGGAGGAAAUUCGGUGAAAGUACGUCACAUCCUGUGUGAGAAACAGAGCAAAAUCCUCGAGGCAAUGGAGAAAUUGAAGGCUGGCCAGAAAUUUCCCGACGUAGCAGCAGCAUACAGUGAGGAUAAGGCACGUCAGGGUGGUGAUCUUGGUUGGCAAAUCCGCGGAAGUAUGGUUGGCCCCUUUCAAGAUGCUGCCUUUGCACUGCCCAUCUCCACAGUUGCUAAUCCCGUGUACACGGAUCCACCGAUAAAGACGAAAUUCGGCUACCACAUAAUCAUGGUUGAGGGUAAAAAAUAAAAGUUUUUUUUUUAUUACAAAUUUCAAUGGAAAA